AUGAAGGAUCAUCGACCGAAGGUUAUCUGGCCUGCCUGGACUGUGCAAAGGCCAAAGCGAAAUGCGAGAAAAAGGUACGUUCAUAGCCGGGAAUCGAUUUGGGAAGUUGGCCGGCUGAUGAACCCCGCAAACUGCAGUUUCCAUGUGCGCGAUGUAUUAGAAGAAAGAUUGAAUGUCGAACACGAUUAACUCAAAGGGGGCCUGGUCGGUCUAUUGGCAACGCUCGAAAUGGCAAACACACAAAGAAUAAGGAGUCAUCCAGCUCAAAAACAGGAGACCCAGUUACUUCGGACGUCAAAAAGAACGUCGAUAGAAAGGUCAAGUUGAACAACGACAAAAUCAUGGAUGAUGGGACCGGUUGCUUCCAACUUGACUUCAACAAUACGCCAUACAUUGAGCAUUACCUACCUGGGAAAGACCCCAAUGAAAUGCACUAUAUCCAUGACAUCAGUAAACAGGAACUGGAUCCAAGUCUCUCUUUAGACACUUUCAUGCUGAACGAUUAUUUCAAUAUCAACCACGAUUUUAACUCCCACCAACUUAACGAAUCUAUUGACAUUUCACUAUCCUCCGGAACGCACUCCACAUAUGCAUUAUCACCAGCUGCAUUUAAUUUACCAUCCGAGAAUUACUUCCCGAUGAUGGAUGUGAUCAUUCCUGACCAGACGACAGUCCCAAUCGACACAGCAGAUGGACCAUUCCCCGCACUUGAAGGAUGGCCUCUCUUUCGAUGCAACCAAAUUGUUCCCACCUCAGCAUGCUCAACAACCGCAAAAAGCCACCUAGAAAGCCUUUACGCGGCACUGAACACCCAGAACCUUUCUCUUGACGAGUGUCGCUUGACAGACCACCAUCAUGUUGCGAUCGAGCCACUUCUUGCUGGAACGAGGGACAAACUUAUAGCGAUAAUGCAAGGCUUCUCUAAUCGGGCCCAAACAAUUCAUGGUUUACGAAAUGCCAAACAAGAAAACGCCUCCUCCAUGAUCGACGCCAACGCCCCAUUUUUCCUCAUUCUUCCACUUCCUCAUGUUCUGGAGUCACUUCUGAGGGCUUGUCUAAGUUGUUACGAACCUUAUUAUCCAGUUUUAUCGGCCGCUUCGCUUAAAACCAACAAGUUGAUGGAGGGUGGAAACAACGCUGUUAUUUCGAGUUUAAAGUUACUUUUUAUGCUGGCUGCAGGAGCGAUGACCAGUGGCGCUGGGGAUACUUAUCAGAUUGCCCAUGGUCUGAUUGAGAUUGGAAGGAUAUCGUUAUCUUAUUUGCUUGAGGAGGAUAUUAAGCUUGUUUCAAAUCCGGAAUUAUUGCAAUGCGCUUUGCUGUUCAUUAUCGUGGCCGCCUGGAGUGGGGAUAAGUGGCAGAUGGACGUGAGUUUCUCUCUCGCCUUUGCCUUCUCCGUGGUGGAAUUAACUUUUCUUUAGAUGGCAAUUUAUCAAAAGGCAAUGUACUUGGAGGUAACCACCAUUUUUUCACCCCUCUAUUGACAAUUUUCUAACAAAGUUUAGAUGCUAUCCAAAGAGAAGUUCCUAGAGCGGCGAGAAUUCCACGUCUCAACUCUCGGCUCAGCUACCGAGUUAGACCAUAGCUGGCAGAGAUGGAAAGAACAGGAAUCAAUCAACAGGUGAGAUCAUCAUUACUUUACUAAUCGCCACAAAUAUCACUAAUCUCCCAUCUAGAAUGGUUUACUCAUGGGUCCUGCUCGAUCAAGAGAUGUGUCUAUUCCAAGACUCCCCAUCAACUCUCUUCACCUCCCUCACGGCCCUCAACACCGCAGUCUCCAGUCCCUCAACCACCUGGCGGGCCACCUCAGCAAAAGAAUGGAUGCAUUCCCUCCCACACUCGCACCUCCAAAGCGGGAACGUCUUCCCUCCCUCCUUGAACGAAUACAUCGUCCGAUUCCGAGAAACCGAAAACCCCACCUCCCUAACAGAUCUCACGCCCACAGUUCUCCGCUUACUCCUUUGCCACAUCCAAAGUCUAGUGAGCCAAGUCCGGCUCAGCAUAGCCGGAAUCCACGGCAAUAGUAGCAACAGCAACGACAAAUCCUUCAAAGCCAUCCGCUACACAAGCAUGGUCCUAGUCUCUGUCCGGCUAGACGAAGCUCGCGACCUGUUGCAAAAAUGGUAUUCCCUUUCACAAUCUGUAUUCAAAGGGGAAAGCACACCUACCAUCAACGCAACGAUGGUGCUAUACCAUCUCAUCGUCCUCAAUACACUUGUUUCUUUCCCCGAGGUGGAGAGAAUGGCUCGAGGAGAAGACUCGUCUAUAAAGCGGCCUUCGAAGUGGAAACAACCUCAUCACUUUGAGGAUACAAGGAAUAUCUAUUUCCAUUGCGGACAAAUCCUGCGAAUUAUACGUUCGAUGUCUGAGGGGAGUAGACCUGCGUGGUGGGCAGGUGCAGUGUAUAGAGUGGCGUUAAUUGCAUGGGCAAAUUGUAUGUCUUGUUCUGACAUCGGCUCACCAAGUAUGAGCGAAUAUAACAAGAAACCUUCCACGCAUUUAGUUAUGCUGGACAGUCUUGCGGCGGAGAGCCCUCUUAUCAUCUCAUAUGUGAAGAACGCGGAGGGGACACCUGUGUUCUCGGAGGGAAAUGGUGGUGCGGUCCCACUGGAGGUUCCGGGUAUUAUUUUGGCAUAUUGUACGAGGUUUCUUGGGGUUGAUCAGAGGAACAAAUUUAUCAUGGGGACUAGACUGAAGCUUUUGGCGUUGGCGGAUCGGUGGGAGGCUAUUUGA